GCAAGAUUGCGCAUGCGUCGUGGUCCUGACAGCGCUAGGCCCUGCCGGUGCUGGGGGCAGUCUCGCGAGAGCUCCUGGGAGGGCCGUAGCGGAAGCUGGAGGGGCUCUCGGGCGAAGCUGGGAUCGGCGGGGCCGCUCGGAGCGGAGCCCCAGCGCCACACGGGCAGAUCGUCCCCGGCUCUCCCUUGCAUGUGGUAGACGGAGCCCGAGUCCCUGCGGCAGCCGGACAGAGGGAGGGCUGAGCCGGGAGCCCCCGGAGGAGGAGAGGAGGCUUCAGGGAGAGCUCCCUUCCCACCCCCCCGCACUGCUGUACGCUGAGCAGCCCCAGCAUGGAAGCCAUCGCCAAAUACGAUUUCAAAGCCACUGCAGACGAUGAGCUGAGCUUCAAACGGGGGGAUGUCCUCAAGGUUUUGAAUGAAGAAUGCGAUCAGAACUGGUACAAGGCAGAACUCAAUGGGAAGGAUGGCUUCAUUCCCAAGAACUACAUAGAAAUGAAACCACAUCCAUGGUUUUUUGGGAAGAUCCCCCGAGCAAAGGCUGAGGAGAUGUUAGGCAAACAGAGACAUGAUGGUGCCUUUCUCAUCAGGGAGAGUGAGAGUGCUCCUGGGGACUUCUCUCUCUCAGUCAAGUUUGGAAAUGAUGUGCAGCACUUCAAGGUGCUCCGAGAUGGGGCUGGCAAGUAUUUCCUCUGGGUAGUGAAGUUCAAUUCUCUGAACGAGCUGGUAGAUUAUCACAGAUCCACUUCUGUCUCCAGGAACCAGCAGAUAUUCCUUCGGGACAUUGAGCAGGUGCCACAGCAACCCACGUACGUUCAGGCCCUUUUCGAUUUCGACCCCCAGGAGGAAGGUGAACUCGGCUUCCGCCGUGGAGACUUUAUCCAGGUCCUCGACAAUUCUGAUCCCAACUGGUGGAAAGGAGCCUGUCACGGACAGACGGGCAUGUUUCCACGCAACUACGUGACCCCAGUGAACCGGAACAUCUAGAGAUAAAUAUUAGAGAUUAUUUAAAGAAACCAGAGAAACAGUAAAUACACAUACAGAGUCUAACUACAGCCGGUGAUCUAAAAUCACAAGAUGGUAAAACCUGAAUCACUUCUUACCACAAAGUGAUCUUCCUUCACUCAGUAUGGAACUUUGGGGGUGGGAGGGAGAGUUCAACUUACAUGCCAAAAUUUACCUUUAAAUUUAAAAAAGUAACAGAUUUCCUCAGCUGCUCCUGGGUUGUCCCUUUCAUUCACUAUUCCUUUUCCCCCCUCCUCUGUCCAUCAGUGCAUGAAGUUUUAAUGCCAUAUCAAGUCCUAGCCAUGCUGAUAAAGGAAAAGGGAGAAACUCUGCUGGUAUUUUCUCUCUAUGCAAACAGUCUUCAUUUGACAUGGAGGGACUUGAGAGAAGAACCAAAUCCACUGUCCUGCCUUUAAAAAAACAAAACUGCUUUUUGCCUUCAGCAUUCAGCUCUUUUUGGUUGGGAAAAGAUGGUGUUUUCUUUAUUUUUCCUUCUCCUUAGCCACUCUCCCCUCUGAGGCUCAGCAGCUUCAUAGCAGAGUGAAGGAGACAAGCUUUUUUUCACAAGUCACAGAGCUGCUCUGAGAAAUUCCAAACUACAAUCAGUCUGUUCUCUCUUAUUUUGGUGACAGCUUUUUUUCUUAAAGGUGUACAGUUGAGCACAGUCUGUAAUUUUUUUCCAUAGUGCCUUUUCCCGUAUUUACUUUUUUAUUAUUUUUAAGUUAAAAGGACAGUCCAGAGGUUUUUUUCUUCAUACGUGUAAAUAUUUUUAAGGGGGGGGAGAAGGGGUAGUUUUAUCAAUGAAUAUAAAAAGACAUCUACAAAAAAGAUGGAGCUUUAAUAUUUGUAUUACUGUCUGACUUUCUUUAUUCCAAGGAAAAAUACAAGGCAUCCACAGUGUUGUAAGUGGCAGCACAGGCUGCUCAGAGGUGGGGAGAUGCAGCCAGGAGCCUCAGGAAAAGGGAGAGAAGGAUUGCCUCAUUAGGACUGUUCAAUAGAAUCAUAGAAAUGUAGAAUUGGAAAUGACCUAAAUAGGUCAUCUAGUCCAGUCCCCUGCACUGAGCCAGGACUAAGUAUUAUGGGAAAUGGGCAAACAUAUUUGGGGGUGAAGGUGGGCGAUGUUCUAUCAAAGUACCAUGGUGGGAGAGAAUAGUGCUGAGGUGUCUGAUGAAAUGUACAUUCCUCUUGACAGGAAACUUUAUAUUACAGGGAAA